ACCAUUUCCAUUUGGUUAUCCGCUUGAAUUUGAUUAUAAUAGGGCAUAGUCAUGAUGGUUUUCAACCUAGAUAGAAGAUGGACCUGGAAGAAUACGGCAUGUGGCAACGCUGUGCGCAGCUCUUUUUUCAGUAGAUUAAUGUCGGCCAUGUUAGUUGAUGUACUUUGAAGGAGGUGCAGUGGUUUUUGUUGUUUUCCUCCGUAAAACACAUUGGAUUCCGGCCUAAAAAUGGCAGGAAACACGGGAAUGGAGCAACUUAUUCCGAUCGUGAAUAAGUUGCAAGAUGCGUUCACACAACUCGGGGUGCACAUGACUUUGGACCUGCCACAAAUAGCCGUAGUGGGCGGACAAUCCGCUGGAAAAAGCUCAGUAUUAGAAAAUUUCGUCGGAAAAGACUUCCUUCCUAGAGGAUCGGGCAUUGUCACUCGUAGGCCUCUCAUCCUUCAGCUGAUAUUUGCCACUUCUGAAUAUGCCGAAUUUCUCCAUUGCAAAGGAAAGAAGUUUGUGGAUUUUAAUGAGGUGCGCCAGGAGAUUGAAGCAGAAACUGACAGAGUUACCGGUAGCAAUAAGGGCAUAUCCAAUGUUCCAAUCAACUUGAGAGUAUACUCACCAAAUGUUCUCAAUUUGACACUGAUUGAUUUACCGGGUUUGACAAAAGUCCCAAUCGGCGAUCAACCUGUUGACAUCGAACAACAGAUCAGAGGCAUGAUACUUCAAUUUAUCAAGAGAGAGUCAUGCUUGAUCUUGGCAGUCACACCGGCCAAUACAGAUCUUGCAAACUCUGACGCCCUGAAGCUGGCCAAAGAGGUUGAUCCACAAGGUAUUAGAACCAUUGGUGUGAUAACAAAGCUAGAUUUGAUGGAUGAAGGUACAGACGCUAGAGAUAUCUUAGAAAAUAAACUUUUGCCUCUGAGAAGAGGUUAUAUCGGGGUCGUGAAUCGAUCUCAAAAGGACAUAGAAGGACGCAAGGACAUAAACGCUGCAUUGGCUGCUGAAAGGAAAUUCUUCAUGACCCACCCAUCCUAUCGUCACCUCGCUGACCGUCUUGGCACGCCCUACCUCCAGAGGGUCCUUAACCAACAGUUAACUAACCACAUCAGAGAUACGUUGCCCAGCUUGAGGGACAAGCUGCAGAAACAACUGCUGCAGUUGGAGAGGGAGGUAGAACAGUUCAAGCAUUUCAGGCCUGAUGACCCUUCAAUCAAAACCAAAGCCAUGCUACAAAUGAUACAACAGUUACAGACAGACUUUGAUCGAACUAUUGAAGGAUCAGGUUCUGCACAGAUCAACACUAUGGAACUAUCUGGAGGUGCGAAGAUCAAUAGGUUGUUCCAUGAACGUUUUCCCUUUGAAAUUGUAAAAAUGGAGUUUGACGAAAAAGAGUUAAGAAGGGAAAUAGCGUUUGCUAUCAGGAAUAUACACGGUAUCAGGGUGGGUCUGUUCACGCCAGAUAUGGCGUUUGAAGCGAUAGUAAAGAAGCAGAUAUUUCGUUUGAAAGAGCCGUCGUUGAAGUGCGUCGAUCUCGUCGUUACAGAACUGUCAAACGUUGUAAGAAUGUGUACAGAUAAGAUGUCUAGGUAUCCACGUUUGAGAGAAGAGGCGGAAAGGAUCAUUACGUCGCACAUUAGGACGCGAGAACAAUAUUGUAAAGAACAGUUAUGCCUCCUCAUUGACUGUGAAUUGGCUUACAUGAAUACCAACCAUGAAGAUUUUAUCGGAUUUGCAAAUGCUCAAAACCAGUCCGAGAAUGCCGCUGCAAAAGGAACGAGAGGCACUCUUGGCAACCAAGUGAUAAGGAAGGGGUACAUGUGCAUCCACAAUUUGGGAAUCAUGAAAGGCGGUUCAAGAGAUUACUGGUUCGUUUUGACGUCCGAAAGUCUUUCGUGGUACAAGGACGAAGAAGAAAGGGAAAAGAAGUACAUGUUGCCUUUAGACGGGCUGAAACUAAGGGAUAUUGAACAAGGUUUCAUGUCCAGGAGACACAUGUUCGCCAUAUUCAAUCCUGAAGGCAGGAAUAUUUAUAAGGAUUUUAAACAACUAGAAUUGAGCUGUGAAACUUUGGAUGAAGUGGACUCGUGGAAGGCGUCGUUUUUGAGGGCGGGAGUGUAUCCGGAAAAACAGACUGAAUCCGCCAAUGGAGAAGAGAAACCGCGGGCAAGUAUUUCCAAUCAUCAGGAGAAAAUAUCACCAGUUCCAUGGAUCCACAACUGGAAAGACAAGUAGAAACAAUUAGGAAUCUCGUAGACAGUUACAUGAAAAUCGUCACUAAGACAACAAGGGAUCUCGUACCGAAAACGAUCAUGUACAUGAUCAUAAAUCACACCAAAGAUUUUAUCAAUGGAGAAUUGCUGGCCCAUAUCUAUGCUAGCGGAGAUCAGGCGCAAAUGAUGGAAGAAGCCCCCGAAGAGGCGCAGAAACGCGAGGAGAUGUUACGAAUGUACCACGCGUGCAAAGAGGCGUUGCACAUCAUAGGGGACGUUUCCAUGGCGACCGUGUCUACUCCGGUACCGCCGCCGGUCAAAAAUGAUUGGCUGGCCAGCGGAUUGGACAAUCCGAGAUUGUCUCCGCCCAGUCCAGGCGGACCUCGGAAAACGGCACCGCCCAUGUCGUCUGUCGGAGCUUCGGGCUCCUUGGGUUCAAGAGCCCCACCUCCACCACCAAGCUCGGGCAGGCCAGCUCCAGCGAUUCCAAACAGGCCUGGAGGUGGCGCUCCACCCAUGCCACCAGGCAGGCCCCAAGGUCAAGCACUACCCGCUCCUCUUAUACCAACUCGUAUCGCCGGCAGCAUGAUGGGUCAACAGCAGGUGGGUGGCGUGCAGGUACCGCAACAGGUCCAGAUGGCGGUCGGCAGAGCAGUCACCAACGCGGCCAUUAACGAACUCUCCAACGCCUUCAAAUUCAACAAGUAAAUUACCACACGUUUUUAUUUAUUUUCGUCUUUUAUAACCAAGUGUGAUCGUAUUGUUUUAAACUAACAUGGAGUUUGAGAGGGUGGUUUCUAAUAAACGCCGGCGAUGUAGACUGCACGCAUAGUUUGACACCUUGCGUUGUAUGCCUCAAUUACAGUGACGUUAGAAAUCAAACAAUAUCUACUGAUAAGAUUGAAAGAAUUUAAGCGCUACAUGCAGGUCGAUGGAUUUUAAAACUUGAUGACAAAUAUAAAUACAGGAUAGACAGUUCCUGAAAUUGUUUAUUCAUAUGCGAGCCCGAGUUCGGACAUUAUCUAAUUUUAUCUUAAAGUUUGUUUAAGGUUACAAAAUCUAUUUUUUCUUUUAUAAGACUUUAUCAAGUAAUAUGAUAUAUAAAACUAAACUGAAAUUGAUGAUAACACUAGCAAAUUGGUUUCAAGGAUAAUUUUGAUAUCUAGCUGCGUUUACAGUUCCGUCUACGAAGUGAAGUUUUACAAGGUCAAAAUCAGAUAAGCUUUUCUCCAUACCAUUAAACCUGAUGGAAACUUUACUUUUCCAUUUAAUCAGUCUUUAUGAAACGCUUUAUUUUUGUUUUUUAUAGCCCGGUAUCGGUGUCACCCGCACAAACAUCAAAUUUCGCUUCAUCGCUAAAAAUGAUCUUUUCCACAUAACCUGUUCAUUAGCCCACGCUAAUCGCCUUUUAUUUUGUGUUUCCGUAAGCAACAGCUUUUCUUUUGCCUAAAGCAAAGAUUCUACUGAAUAAAUGUGCCAUAUGUCCCUUAAAUGCAGCCUACUACGUACCUUAUAAAAGGACUUAUGAAUCCACCGACGGCUCGUUUCUCGUGAAGCAUUUCCUGCUGUUUCUUCAUUCCAUUUUGCUGUUAUAUCCCUUACAGUACCUCGACGACCAGCUUUACAAAUACGAACCAGAGAUAUUUGCGUUCCAUGGCUGAUCUUACGUGGCCUACCAACACCGUGUCUUGAAACUUGAGUUGAACCUGUGUCUCCAUACUUUUUUAUAUUAUUUGCCACCGUAGACUAAUAACUCUGAUUGCACCGUUUGUUGCUUUACUUGAUUCUUAAAUCAAAACGUCAAAUUAUAAACACCUUUUUGUUUCCAUGCCCUGCUAUUAUUUUCUUUUUAAUACCGUGUCCUAACAUUUAUGUAUCUGCAAAAUGUUGCGUUGUUAUCAAUAUUAGUUUGAUUUUAUAUUUCACUGUCUUAUAAAAGAAAAAUAAUUUAUGUUUUAACCUUACAAAAAUAAACAAACUUUUAGAUAAAAUCAGAUAACGUCCGAAAAUUGUUGUGCAAUGUGCCUUUCCGCGCCGAAACCGCGUCAGAACGUAUGCAUGCCAUCGUGAAAAGAAUUUCAAGCAAUAAAAGACAAACUUCAUACUAUGCUUUUCCAUACUAUUUUAAAUCUAAAUCUGGGUAUUUUACAUUGAUAUUGACUUAUUUUCUUCGGUGCUGUGCACCUAAUCUGUGGCUGUCUCUGCGCGGAACGGUGUUUUUCGCUGGCUAGUUUUUCUUGCAUAUGAUGCUGUCCAAAGUAUGGGUUCUUUUCAUCAGGCAUUAUUGAUUAUCAGCUAUCCAGUUUUGAAGUUACCUGUAUGCGAGGCUGCCUGCAGCAAAGGCACUUAUUGGAUACCACCUAAGUGUGCGUAUGUGAUGCGCUUAGUUCUUGCCACACAUAAAUUUGUCAAUAUUUUACUCCAGUUGGAGUGAUUUUACUAACUUUGUCUUUGAACAUCGUCAUGUGCAUAACAUUAUUCUGAUAAAUUCGUCACGAUCAUCUUAUAAAACCUAACAUGAUCUACGUUCGUAUUUAAAAUGAUAGAUAAAUUGUAUUAGAUGCUUUUUGAAUUGAUCUCUAAAAUAUAUGAAUUUUUAGAGUGUUCUACAUGUGUAAAAAUGCCGAUAACCUCCAUUAAAAACCACUGGCUGCAAGCUGUCUUUUUAAACAGGAAGUUAGCCCAUGUUUGGUUUUUGCGUCACAUUUUUUUGUUUUCUAACCGCAUUUGGUAUUUCGCACGUUUCGUUUACAAGCGGCUGUUUUGGGUAUCUCAAAUGUAGUAGAUGGGUUUAGUAGUCUGUUAACAAAACGCUGAUUCGAAAAAGUACUUUAUUUACUGUAUCAUAGUGCAUAUUUCCAUACCUAGUUUCUCAUCGACACCUUCAAAGUAUUGAUUCGUGAUAAACGGCAGUAUAAACAACUCAAAAUAUCGUAAGGUGAAAAUUUGAUGCAGCAUCACAAAAUCGGUGUAAAUACAGAAAUAUAAUGCCUUAGCAAAACCAUACAAGAACAUUCCAUAUACUAGCUAAAAAUAAAUUGUUAUGCCUCCUAGUUCGUAAGAUAACUAUAAAAAUUACCAGAGCUAUAUUCUAGUAUGUGCAUUGAAAAAGCAGGAUUCUAUUUGGUGCUUUGUAACUGCAUUGGUGACAAAUGAAGGGACGUAUUUAGUUCCAUGUGGUGCUUCCUGAAACUCUGACAAAAUGAUCGCUCCGAUAACUCUACAUGAUUGAGAACCUUGAGGGGCCCCAUUUUUAAGAAACCUGUUACUGGAAUUUGGAAUUACCGAUUCUAAACUAUGGAGAAUAAUACGCGUGUUAAAAUGAUCUAUUUUGCAACUGUGAGUUAAAUUAAUACAAUCGAAAAUUGCAGGUCCACUCUUCUGAAUGGUAAAUGAUAUUCGUUGUUUUAUAAAAGAUUUUUCUCUUCGGACAAUUGAACGAUUGGAUCAUACUUUGUUCUCAAAGGCUUCGGAGACUGCGCUAAUAAUACACGUGCUUCUUUGUUGCUGAUGAGGUUUCACAGUGCUAGUGGAUACUCUGCUUUACGAAGCGCACAUAUAAAAAAAGAGUUCUUCCGUGUAGUAUAAUCUAUAAAGUGUUUGUCUACUUGUGCUCUCUAGCAUACUUAGCUAUUGUUCGAGACAAUGGAAAGAGCAGUGCAUUUAGAAGCCAUACAUUGUAUUUUUAUUGUAAAGAUAAUACAUAAAAUGAUUUUGUUUCAAAUUAAACGUCGAAUAAUAUAUGUGCUUAUUUCGGAGAGGGAUAUAAAUAUAUAAAUUGAAUUAUUGGCCAUAAUAAAAUUCACUUUUAGAAACAAUGUAAAUGAAAGCAGGUCAUACGUAGAAGAGUUUGAGAAUUUUUAUGAUAUGAAAGGGUUUUGGAUUGACAUUGUGGACUCGGCUGUUGAGUAUCCCUAUAAAAAGAAGACGGGUAGGGACAAGUCAAGGCUUUGUGGUGGUCAAUCAAUGUCACCUACAGUCGAUAUAACUUUUCCAUGAAACAUUUUCUUGCCCAUGUUCACGUUGGAAGUGUGACACGUGGCGCCAUCUUGUCGAAACACGUCAUGGAGUCGUAUCCAUCAAAAUCUUGGAGCUUUAGGGCCAAAAACUCUCCCAGGAUUCGAACAUAACGUUCUGAAUUAACAGUUACAGGUUGCAAAAAGUAUGAUCUAAUCAAACCGCUAGCUGAUAUUGCUGGCCAAACUGUGACUUUUUAGCAACGAAGUGGUUUUUGACGCUUUAUCGACUGCUCCGCACUCCAGUAUCGACAGGUUUGCGUGUUCACAAAAGCAUUCAAAUGAAAGUGCGCCUCAUCUGAAAAGAGGAUGUUUCCCAGAUCGCAAAACAGCUCAAGCACUAGCACUGGAAAUUCUAAUCUCUUUGUAAGAUCAGUGUCCUUUAAUUCUUGGACGAUUUGAAUCUUAUAUGGAUGAAGUUUCAAGUCACGCUCAUAGUCGCUGAACGUCUACAAGUUGAGAGCUUUCCUCUAUUCUUUGAUCCGUUCAUCUUGUUCGCAAUGUCGAACCGGUAUCUGGAAACCUCCUCAACCAUUGCUUCAUCAAAUUAGUACUACGCCAGCGUUUCCGCCCGCGUUUCGCGGUUUUAUUUACAAAACAAAAAUUAAUUAAUUUAUGGCCCCACACUGUACAAGAGUCGUAAGUUCUUGAUCUCACUCUUCUUCAUUUUUAUUUUCAUUCCACAAAAAUGACAAGUUUGAUGGUGGUUAACGUGGAACGUUAACUCUUCUUUUGCAUCUCAUGGAUGCAAUAUUUUUAGAUACCGAAAAUGCAUACAACUUAGGUAUUUUCAAUGAAUUAGUAAAUGAAAGCUUUUUGUUUAAAUAUCUUCAAGUUUUGGCAGUGUUGAGUGACUUUGUAAUGCAUUGUUCUUUCAAAUUCUUCUGAAUAUAUGACGGCAUAUAGCAGUAGCCUUGAAUAGAUUGGCGCUAUGCACCACUAGUGCUGAUAUUGUUCACUUAAAUCGUAAAAUCAUAUAGAAGAAUGCACCUUUUUAAGUGAUUAUAGUGAUUCUUACAAUGUUCGAUCUACCAGUUUUCGUCUGCCUUACUACUACGUCUUAUUUGCUGUUUUCAUAUUUUCAUUUAUGGGGAUGUUAGAAUAUGAGAUUGAGUAAAUGCUUAUGGAGAAAUUAGAUACCAUUAAAAAGGAGCAUUGAAAGAAAAUGAACAUUACAAGCAUUGAUUUUAAAAAACGUUGCAAGAAUGAGUCUCCAAUGGAUUAGCCUAUAGUGGUAGUUACAGGCUUCAGAAAGUAGGGACUAGAUAAUUUUGGCGUAAAUGGGAAUAUUCCAACAUAAACGAUCAUAAGGGUCAUAGUGGUGAACAGUUGAUGCUUGUUUCCAAGCUGUUGGAUGAUCGCACAAUGUACGAAUUGCUAUAAAAAUGUAUUCAUUAUUUUGGCAUAUCAUAUAUACUAAGCCGUAGCUAUCAAAAUUAAAAUUUAAUGACCUAGGAGUUUAUAGAAUCGAAAUUAGGGAUAAAAAAGUAUUUAUUAAAUAUAAGUCAAUUAAUGACGUUACUUGUUACAUUUUUAAGGAGGUAGACAACAUACAGAGACAAAACUGUUGAAUGACGUUUUGCUAAUAAUUGCUUGUAUGUAAUCCAAAAUUAAAAUAUACCUCAGGUGAGAUUGAAGGCAAUUGAUAAAUCCAGAAGUAGAUAUUUCGUAGAAGGUUUAACAAAUAUAUAGAACUGUUCAAGAUUGCGUAGCAUUCCAAAAACUGUUUAUUUAGUACCUUUAUUUACAUAACGAGGACCUCCUUAUCUCAUUGCCCUUGGUAGAUACGAGACCUGCUUAAAUGAUGUUGGCCCAACUGGAAAAACUACAUUUUUUAUGAAAUUUGUCAUAUUAGCGGAAGAGUAUUAAAAACUAAAACGUAUUUCUGAUAACAUACGAUAUUGUUAUUUAAUAUUAGCAUAAAAUACAGUCAAAAAGUCUUACGAAUUCAAAAAAACUGCCGAUCAAUAAAAAUCAACGAAACCGAAUAGCAGGAAAUCACCACUACGUUACAUCGCAUUUUUGACCGAUUACUGCGUCGACUCAUACUAUUUUAAACACAUACUUCAUAUCUGGCUUGACCACUCCAAAAAAAUGAACCAUAAUUUGUGUUCUGUACUGAAUUAAAAACGAAUAAUAAAAAAAGUAAUUUGAGCCUACCUUGUAAGUUUUAAAUCUCAGUUUUUGGGCAGCUCUGUGACAAGUUGGUCUUGAAAACUUUUUUGUGGUUUCCUGAUUCCAAAAUAUUUUCAGUUCGUUAUAAUUAGUACGUCGAUUUUCGUUGAUGAUUCGUUUUAAGGCUCUUAAGUUGGUAUUGGAAUAACGCGGGCGACUUCCAGUUCUGGGUUUUUGAGCCACCGAUCCCGUUGUUUUGUACAAUUUAACAGACCAUUCAGCUGAAGUUGUCUCCAUCAUGUAUUUUGCUAUACACAAAUCAUUUUGCAGAGAAUAACAUUUCGAAAUAGCCGCGUCGGUUUUGUUAUCUUUCCAUAAACAUUUAAAGAAAUCAAAAAUAUUAUGUUUGAAAUAAAUAUACAAAUAUCAUGUUUUGGGGUGUUGAGCCAACUUCACUGAGACAGGCUCGUACAUUUAUAAUACAAAAAUUCCUUAUACAAAUACACUGCAGUCAGAAACCUGAAAAAGUCAAAAAUAAGGUCACUAUUAAACCUGAAAGAUGUUUGAUUCAAAAUAACAGAGGUACAACAUAAUAUUUAAUCUGUGUUUGAACCAAAUUCAAAAUGACAAAUGGCGAUCCAAGCCGCAUCUUAUUUUAUAUUACAGCUAAGCAAUAAUUUAUAUCAAACACACUUAUUUUAGUACAUCCUCAAAUGAUCGAUAUUUUAAAGAUUGACGUUCAAAAUUCAUCCUGAAAGUUCAAAAAACCUCACUGAGAAUUGGGUUGUAAUUGUUUCAACUGUUUUGAUGAAAGUAGUCGUUCGGUAGCCUUGGAUGUUUCAACAGAGCAAAAACAGAUGCAAUACUUGACAAUUUAACAAUUACUUUGUAUGUCUGAUAUAUUGAUGGUAUUGUAAAGAAAAAAUAUAUUUUUUAUUUUUAUGCUUAAAUACUCAUAUUGUAAUAUUGAAAAUUAUCGUUGUUAAAUAUUUAUAGUUAUAUCGUGUAAGUGGCCGAAAAAUAAGAAUAUAUUAAUGAUAUAUCGAGUGAAUACCACUUUAUUGUACUAUCGCAACGCAUCCUGUAGAUAUUGGAAGUAAUAUAUUCGUACUUACAGUUAAGGUCAAAAAUAGGAAUUGGUAAGAGCUUUCAUAAUCCAUUUGUUGUUUUUAAUUUAUUAUCUCAAACCUCAAGUCGACUUUUACCUAAAUUAUCAUAUUUUGGAUAAUUGAUGCUUUCUCAUUUCUCGUCACAUCCCUUGUAUCCAAUCCAAGAAUAAGAACCUACAGGGUGUUUGGUGCAUCGUUUGCCAAAUUGAAAUGCCAGACAGAGGAGGUCUUUUUCUAUCACCCCAAGUCCCUCAAACAGUUUUUAGCCCAACGGAAUUAAUUAUGUAGAUUUUUUAAUUUUUUUGAGUAAAAACUCCAAAAUGUAAUACACAAGGUGAAAUAAAAAUAAAAUAAAGAGUAUGUCCUCCUAAUGAUUAAUUGAUCUUAAUGGGUGAUGUUGUACCAAUCUUACAAAAUCAACAUUACUUGCCAGCAGCAUGUAGUUUUUUAUUUAUAAACUCACAAGGGGUUACAAAGAAGAACAAAAGAUGUAUCAGUUUUGAAUUUCUGUAAAAAAAAAACUAAAAGCGUUCACGUUCUUAGAAUUCUUUUAAAAACUACUCUAGUUUAUCCCGAUUCUUACGGUAUGCCAGAAGUCACAGAAAAGUUUAACUAACUUAUUGAAUUUACAAAUUUUAAUGUUGAUUUUGUAAGAUUGGUACAAUAUCACCCAUUAAGAUAAAUUAAUCAUUAGGUGGACAUACUCUUUAUUUUUUUUAUUUCACUUUGUGUAUUACAUUUUGGAGUUUUUACUAACUCUGUAUAACUGAGUUAGUCGAAACUUCGCAUGUCACAGUGCUGUCUUCAAUUUUCAUGCGUAUUGCAAGAAGAGUCCACUGUUGGGUUCGUACUGAAAAUUUUACCAAUUCUUAUUUUGUACCUUUACUGUUUUUGAAAACCGAUUCGGGAAAAGUACGUACACCUGUAUAUUGGAUCUAAUUUGAGUAGAUUUUGGAGGUUUUAUCCGCAUCAGUCAUUUCGUGCAAACAGAAUUGAUUCCUACAGCCAAUGAGUAUUUAAGUCAACAAGUAAAGUUGGCAUACCAUAAAUUUAACGGACGAUUCUUUGUGUAAUUUUAAGACACAACGUUUAUAUAAACAUAGGUCCGAAAAUUAUUUGUUCUCAAGAUGCAGGGUGUUAGAAUUUAAAAAAAAAUGUAUUUUCGAAAAUUUCUCAAACAUCCUUUACCUAAUUUUGUUGUAAUUUGGCGGUGGUAUUUAUAUAAUUAUAUAUAUAAUUUGAAUAAAUUUAUUAAGUUCAGUGGCGUCUGGAGUGGGAUCUAAACGAAUUGUUGUGACCAAAAAAUUUACGACACUAACUUGUUAAUUUUUUGUUAUGUUCUUUGGAUUGGGCAAAUAGAAAUACAACUUUUUGUCUCUUGAAUUUUUAGGGGUUUCCAAAAAAAAGGGCACUAGAUUGCCUAUCUCUGGACCGUACAAGGAAUAUGUGGAAACGUGUCUAUUGGGAAUGAUUAUUUUUUUAUUUUGUUCAUUAGUUUAGAUGUUUGUAUAAUUUAAUUUAGUGUUUAUAAUUAUUAGUAAUAAAUUAUAAAAAAAUAAUUACUAAAAAAACUUUUCCCCAUUUUCCUUGUGUUUUCCAAUUAAGUGGACUUUUCUCGAAAACUAAGCAAGAUACAAAAAAAUGCAAGUGACAAAAAAGUUUUAUUUCUCUUUGCUUAAUCCAAGGAUAAAAUUUGUUCAGAUCCCGCUCAAGACGCCACUGGACUUGAUAAAUUUAAGAAGUCAGGGCUAAAUUAGCUUUUUAAUGUUAUAAUUACCACCGCCAAAUUACACAAAAAUUAGGUAAAGGGUAUUUAAGAAAUUUACGAAAAAAACAUUUUUUUAUAUUGUAACACCCUGUAUCUUGAUAACGAAGAAUUGCGGACUUACGUUUAUAUGAAUUAUUUGUCUUAAAGUUACUGUUAAAUUUAUGGCACAUACUUGAUUAAGACCCUGUAUAAAUCUGCAUUUUUUGUCAGCUGCGCUUAAACGUUGAUUUUUCAUAUUUACUGAUAAGUGGUAAACUUAUUCUACUCAGAUUAAUGAAGAAAUAAGCCUGCUUUUUCUUUGUAAAGAAUAAGCUUGAUUCAGUUUAUUCCUUUAAAUGUUGUAAAUAUGAAUUUAUAAAUUGUUGAAGUUUCUUUGCGAUGACCGCAUACGUUGUUGAAGAAUCGGUUGAAAAAUGUGUGCACUAACAUAUAUUUAGACACAUCCAUUCAUGUAGUCCACUCUGAAUGUGUAAAUAUAGACGUAUAACAUG